AUGGCGGACGGUGGCGUGUCUUGGCCUUCAGAGCUUGAGCUCAAAUUAAACUUGAAUGCUAUCAAGAAAUCCGAUCAAUUCGUAGUUAAYAUUAUUGACAGUGCAUCUCAAGUCGCUCUUUAUAAAUUUAAGUCAGAAACUCAAGCAUGGGAAAAAACUGAGGUUGAAGGAGCAUUAUUUGUUUAUAUGAGAUCAAGUUUCCCCAAAUAUUCAUUUUUUAUUAUGAACCGAUUGAAUAUGAAUAAUACUGCAGAGCCYAUAACAAGAGAAAUAGAAUUUAAACAACAGGAUCCUUUCCUUCUAUUUAGAAAUAAAACAAGUGGAAUUUAUGGCAUAUGGUUUUAUGACUCACAAGAGUGUAGCAGAUUAUCGAAACUUCUGAUAAGUUUAAGUAUGGAGGGACCACCAAGUGGUUCAGAGAGACCAAGCAGUAACCCUGAAUUGAAUGCAAAGGCUCAAAYUCAAUCAAAUAACCAAGUUGAUAUUUUAAGUAUGUUAACAAGUGCUCAAAAACAAUUUGAAAAGAGAAGCACAGAAGAGACUACACCACUUGAACAGAAACCAGCAUUUAUAGAAAACCAGAAGCAACAGUUUUUACAGCAACAUCAAGACCAAAUGGACCAGUUAAAGCAUCUAAUGAGAGGAAACAAUCAAACUAAAACCAAACAAAGAGCUUACUCUUCCCCUUCUCCCUAUAAACCAUCUAAUKCAAGCACCAAUGGACCAUUCCCUCCUAUCAUAUCAGAAAAUGGCUUUGACAAUCCUAAAAAUAAUGGUAGUCCAAAAGUAUUUCCUGGACAGAUGUUUGCUUCACCUGAUCGCUCUGCAGUACCGCGAAAGCUCUUUCAAGGUGAUAAACAGAAAGACAGUGAUUCUCCUCAAAAACAACCAGACCAAAAUGUUACCUUAGCUGCGUCCCUUAUGUCUCCUAUGGCUUUUAAGACGAGUAACAGUCCUAUGGCUUCGUCAUCAAAACCUGCCUCUCAGAAAAUGGAAAUUUCUCCCUUGACUCAGGAUCAGUUGCUUCAGGCAAUGACAUAUUUAUUGAAGAAUGACAGUGAUUUUGUCAAGAAACUCCAUGAGGCAUAUCUGCAAAGUCUUCAUGAAAUGCUACCAACAUAAGCAAGAUAUAAAGUAGAGAGUAGAGUGCAAGCAAUAUACACUUAUUUACAUGUACAUGUAGCAAUUUUACAAAAAUAUUGUGCUACUUGAACUAAUGAAAGCCAGGGCUGACAACCCAAGGCAAUUCUCAAACCUUGAGAUUGAUAAAUCUGCCGUUUUGUUUAUAAUUUUUGAGGUGUCACACUUAAAAAAACUGUCGCAGGCCAUCAAUAUCAAAAAUCAGGAUCCAUCCUUUUGUAAAUAUAUACUUAAAAMAUGAGAGUUUUGCUAUUUCCUGGAAAAAAAAACAGGAGUCAGGAGAUGCAUCCCAAAGCCUUGAGACUCCCAGAUUAUAUAGGAGAGUUGACAGGUCUGGAAAACAAAAGAACUAGCAUAAUUAGCAUAUUACUGUACUAUUGUUACAUGGAAGUAUUGUUUGUACUCUAAAUGUCUUGAUUAGAUGUUAUGUGUAGUCCAGUUGUGUUUUAACCUUUGCCAGUUUUAGUUCAUGCUCCAUUGAUAUGGUAUUCCAGAUACAGUUGUUCAAAGCUUGAUAAGAUGAUAGUGACUACUUGGAUUGGGGAAGUAUUGAUUCCAAUUUUCAGACACUUUUUGCAAAGAAUUCUUUGUUUUAAUUCCAUCCAUAUCUACAUGUAUCUUCACAAUCAUUGAUAGAAAACAAAGAAUAUUACUUCAAUGGGGUUAUAGYACAGGGUGAACUCUGUAAAAAAAAUAAUUAAAUCAAGCUAUGGACAACCUACUGACGAUCAUCAAGCUUAUAGCAUAGUCCCAAUGGGCUGCCUGUGUCCUUGUGCUUUGCUUAUACCCCUGGUCUCUCUUGUCUUCUUACCACAGGAAUUCCAUAUUAMGUAUUAACCAGAAAAUAUACAAGCUUUUUUAAUCACUUUUUAUAAACACUUUUUACCUCAUCUUUGUUGUGUUUUAACUGGUUGUAUUAUAUCAUAUUAUGUUGAAGCUGCAUGUGCAUCCAAGAACCCSAUUUUGAACAAAUCAGAAAUAAAAGAAACUAUUUCAAAUUAAAGUUCUUGGAUGCAUGUAGGCUUAAUAAAAAACCUUGCUUGCUUACUUAUAGUCUCCUCACAGCCAUGUUUAGUUUUGGUAAUGCGUAACAGAAGGUUGUGUUAUUGAAACACAGCUGCGAGGAGACUAAUGUACACUUACUACAUUUCAAAAUUACACAGACUUGGCACCAACUCAUACAAUACUGUAUAUAUUGCUUAGAUUUCUUGCUCAGUAUGUCCAUGCACAGCAUGUACAAUGURUUAGAAACUAUAUAGUGUAUCAGUGCUAUAUCUUAUUCACUGAAAAGUAAGAAGUUUGAUUGACAGGCAUGAAAAUGUUGGAAGAAUUGAAUAAUUUGUCAAGUUUUUGUGAUUUUGAUACAAAUAAGUAGCUUCUGGAAAAGAUAUGUUAAUGCCUAAUAAAAAUGCUUAAUGGUAGUGCUAUUGCCAUAUGUUGUCCCUUCCAGUAAACUUGAAUGUCAACCUUC